UUUUCAGUUUAGUUUUUGGUUCGGUUAGUUUAAAGGCCAAAUCGGUUAAUUCGGUUCGGUUUUUGGGCUAUUUUUCUGGUUUGGUUUUUGGUUCGAUUAGUUCAAAGUUCAAAUCAGUUAAUUCAGUUUCGGUUAUUUCAGUUAGUGUAUUAAGUUGGUUCGGUUAUAUUCAAUGGGGCGGUUCAGUUCGGUUAGGUAAAAUGGGGCAAUUCGGUUCAGUUAUAACUGAAUGCACACCCCUAAGUCUGGGGGCGCUACUUCGAGCAUGCGAUAGGGAGAGAUCAAGUGUGUGAUGCCGACGUGAGCCUUCUGCCUUCGACUUCUCGAGAGUCAGAGAGAUCGAGAGAGACCCACACAACAAAGAAACCCUAAGCCUAAUAGAUACCCUACCGUCGGUUUGUCGCCGUCGGUAAGCUCCUUCCGUCCUACUCCUAGCCAAAACCCUAGUCCUAAAUCCUAAUUGGUUACCAUCGGUUAGUUUCGAGUCUUUCGACAAUCAACCCACACCACACUGACAACUGGACAGACAGUCUUCCUUUCCUUGUGUGCUGUGACAAUCGACCCACAUCGACAACUGACAGGAUGGUUCGUGUAGACUGUAGAGUGGCCCUAGGAUCAUUCUGGCCAAACUAGCACGGCCGUGAAGAUGGAAUGCAGGAUGCUUAUGUGCCAAGGUUGUUGAUUUCUGAACCCUGUACCUUCUGGAGAGAAAAGAACCCCGUUUAAUUUAGUAUUUUAAAGAAGCUACAGGAAGCAUAGAAAGUUAAGUAGGCUGUCAGCUUCUCAUUCUUGAGUAAUUUUUUUUGCUCCUUGGCGUGAUAAAAAUGCUGGGUACGCUACCGAUAUUACCUCUUCCAGCACCACCCUCUGAUGGGGAUCUUGGCCCUCUUCCUCCAUCUCAAGUUCCAGAGCAAUCUGAUGAUGAAAAGAAAUCAGAGGCCGAGGAUCAGAACCAAGCAAACAGAGCCAAUUCUGUUCCUACAUCAAUUGCAACGCACACGAGGAGCAUUGGAAUGGUACAUCCACCUGCAGACGUAAGGAAUAUUGUGGAUAAAACGGCACAGUUUGUGGCAAAGAAUGGACCUGAGUUUGAGAAUAGAAUUAUUGCAAACAAUGCUGGCAAUGUUAAGUUCAGUUUCUUGAAUACAUCUAGUCCAUACCAUGCUUACUACCAGCACCGACUCUCUGAGUUUCGUGCUCAAAAUCAGGCUUCGAUACAGCAGCAGCUGUCUUCUGAACCAGUGGAAUCAUCUGCUCCAGAGACAGCCCCUUCGGCUCCAGUUUCUGAUGGGAAUGAGGCAGGUGCAAAACCUGAUCCCUCAGCUCUGUUUAGGCCUGUCCGCAAAGUUCUUGAGCCCCCUGAGGCUGAGCAGUAUACUGUUAGGCUUCCAGAGGGAAUUACAGGAGAAGAAUUAGAUAUUAUUAAACUCACAGCCCAGUUUGUUGCUCGAAAUGGGAAAUCUUUCUUGACAGGACUUACUAGCAGAGAGAUUAACAAUCCCCAAUUCCAUUUUUUGAAGCCAACACACAGUAUGUUCAUGUUUUUUACAUCACUUGCUGAUGCGUAUUCAAAAGUUUUGAUGCCUCCAAAGGGAUUGACAGACAAGUUGAAGAAGAGUGUUACUGAUAUGACUACCGUGCUUGAACGGUGCUUGCAUCGGUUGGAGUGGGAGCGCUCACAAGAGCAGGCAAGACAGAAAGCUGAAGAUGAGAUUGAGCAGGAGCGCUUGCAAAUGGCUAUGAUAGAUUGGCAUGACUUUGUUGUGGUUGAGACUAUAGAUUUUGCAGAUGAUGAGGAUGAGGAGUUACCUGCUCCAAUGACCCUUGAGGAGGUUAUAAGGAGGAGCAAGAUGACAACUAUGGUAGAAGAAGAUAUUGUUGAGCCUGGAAAGGAGGUGGAAAUGGAGAUGGAUGACGAAGAGGUGCAACUUGUUGAAGAAGGUAUGAGAGCAGCUAAUCUUGAAGAGAAUGGAGAAGUGAGGAAGAAUGAGAUGAGAGCGACUCCAGAGGAACAGGAACCACCAAUGAGAAUUGUGAAGAACUGGAGGAGGCCUGAGGAAAGGAUCCCUGCAGAAAGAGACCCUACAAAAUACGUUGUUUCACCAAUCACUGGUGAGCUAAUUCCCAUUAAUGAGAUGUCUGAACAUAUGAGGAUUUCUCUCAUUGAUCCAAAGUACAAGGAGCAGAAAGAGAGAAUGUUUGCAAAGAUUCGAGAGACUACUCUUGCUCAGGACGAAGAAAUUUCCCGAAACAUAGUGGGACUAGCACGAACCCGACCUGAUAUUUUUGGUACCACUGAGGAGGAAGUUUCUAAUGCAGUCAAGGCUGAGAUCGAGAAGAAAAAAGAUGAGCAACCAAAGCAGGUUAUAUGGGAUGGUCACACUGGGAGCAUUGGUCGGACUGCAACACAGGCCAUGUCCAUGAAUACCAGCGGAGAGGACCAAAAUGAUGCUGCAAGCAAUGAUUCAAGGAAUCUUCCUGGUCCUGCAGCUCCUCCCCCUCCUAAACCUGGUGUCCCAUCAAUUCGACCACUCCCUCCGCCCCCAGGACUAGCUCUAAAUCUUCCACGUGUACCUCCAAAUGCAGUCCAGUAUUCAGGUCCAACAAGUAGUGGGAUGCUUGUUCCACCUCCACCCAGGCCACCAGUUGUUAACAUGAUUCCAUCUAUUCGGCCACCGCCUCCUCCAAUCUCCUUAAUCCCUGGACAGCAACAUCUUUCGGUAAAUCAUCCACCCCCAAUGCCUCCAAAUUCUGUGAAUCCACCUAGUAUUCCUAUACCGCCUCCACCUGGGUCUCAAUUUACACCUUUGUCAGCACCUCGGCCUUUUGUUCCUCUUCCCGUACCUCAGCCUGGCGUGCAUAUGGUUCCACCACCACCUUUACCUCAAGGAAUGCCUCCACCACCACCACCUGAGGAAGCUCCUCCACCGCUUCCGGAUGAACCUGAACCGAAGAGACAGAGGCUCGAUGAUUCUGCACUUAUUCCCGAAGAUCAGUUCCUGGCACAACAUCCUGGACCUGUUCGCAUCAACGUUUCUGUGCCAAAUGUUGACGAAGGAAACCUCAAGGGGCAAGUACUGGAGAUUACAGUGCAGUCCUUAUCCGAAACUGUUGGCAAUCUGAAAGAGAAAAUUGCAGGGGAGAUCCAGCUUCCUGCCAACAAACAGAAGCUGAGUGGAAAGGCAGGUUUCCUGAAGGAUAAUCUAUCACUUGCUUAUUACAAUGUUGCAGGAGGGGAAUCACUUACUCUUUCUUUAAGAGAACGAGGUGGUAGGAAGAGAUGAAUGGUUUCCCUGCUUGUUUCGGGUCUUUAAAGGUUCAUACUAUUGGAACUUUCUUGCUACCAUGGAAUUCCACAUAUGAAUUGUGGGACCCGUUGUUACCUUUUUUUUUUAUGUUUUAUUCAUGAUAAGCUUUUGUGUAUUUUUAGAUUGUAUGAAAACUUGAUCUGGAUUGCCAGUCUUUUAAGCUGAUGGAAUGGUAUCUAGCUGCUACUGUUGCCUCCUUGCU